GAUAUCCAAGAGAAGAUUAACUUUGAAAUCUGCAUGCGAGAAGGCAUCUGUAAGCUGCUUGCAGUGAGCACACAGAAAGACCAGCUCUUGCAAGUGGUUAAAAACCUGAUGGUUUGCAAUGCUCGUAUCCAUGCAUACAGGACAGAGUUACAGAAGCAAAAAGAAGAGCUGGCCUUGUGCAGAACUGAAGAACAGUCUUCAGAAAAUGGGACAAAAGGCUGGGUGGCAUGCAGAGCAAAGGUUGCUCUAUCAGAUAUUCGAAUACCCUUAAUGUGGAAAGGCUCUGAUCACUUCAGCAAUAAAGAAAAAUCACAGCGCUACGCAGUUUUUUGUUUGUUCAGAAUGGGAGCUGAGGUUUUUGAUACAGAGGUGGCUAUUGUGGAUAAAGCAGUUACAGAUAUCUGUUUUGAAAAUGUAACCAUCUUUAAUGAAGCAAGACCAGACUUCCAGGUGAAGGUUGAAGUGUAUAGUUGCUGUACAGAGGAGUCUUUACGUGUAACAAACACACCUAGGAAACUAGCAAAGAAGCUUAAAACAUCCUUCAGCAAAGCUACAGGGAAGAAACUCAAAGCUGCACUGGAAGAAGACAGCACUGAAUCCCUUUUGCCUGCUGACCUGGUCAUCCAUGGAGCAAAGUACAGUUUGCUGGCAUAUACCACUUUGGGGCUGGAGAGUGCUGAGGACAAUUUCAGGACCCACAACCUUACCAUUACAGGAAAUGAGGAAUCCUCUUUUUGGCUCCCCUUGUAUGGAAACAUGUGUUGCCGUUUAGUUGCUCAGCCUUCGUGCAUGGCUAGGGAUACGAUGGCAGGAUUUCUUAAUCAGCAG